AAUGCUCUGGAAGCAGGCGCCCGCCCCGGAAAGGGUCGGAGCCUGCCAGCACUGCUCCGACUCUCUCCCCUCUCCCUCAGACACACCGAUUUGGGGGCGCUGGGCCCCACCAGAGUGCUCGGGGCUUCCGCUGGCUGGAAGGCACGGUCUUCCCCUGUCCUCUUUCUCCGGCCCAGCACGAGUCACUCACCGGGGUCAUUCCACAGCGGGGCUCAACUCCACUGCCCAACAGCCGGACAGGACAGCAGGGAGGAUGCUGCCCUGCCCGGGCCAGCCCAGAGCAAGCCCGGCACCAUGUAGGGUCCCCCCACCCCGAGCACAGCGCCAGGAGCAGUCCGAGACCACUGGGGCUGGCCUACAGCCAAAAACACACAGGAAAGAAAGAUUAAAAAAAAAACCAGGGGGGCGAGGGGCGGGAGGCGCCAUGUCCGGCCGCGAAGGUGGCAAGAAGAAGCCCCUGAAGCAGCCCAAGAAACAGGCCAAGGAAAUGGACGAGGAAGAUAAGGCAUUCAAGCAGAAACAGAAGGAAGAGCAGAAGAAACUCGAGGAACUAAAAGCCAAGGCCGCGGGGAAGGGCCCCCUGGCCACUGGUGGAAUUAAGAAGUCUGGCAAAAAGUAAGCUGUUUCUUGUGCUGGAGAUAAUGGUGAUCUUUAAUUCUAUUACUGGUUAAACAUCUGGAUUCCCUGUGUAACCUCGGUUGCCAGCAGUACCUAGAAUGAAGUGUUUUGGAACCUGUUGUAUACUUAAGAAUAAACUUUUGUAAAAAAAUUUAAAAAAAGAAGAAGAGAAAGAAUUCAUAAGGUUUCUCAUUCUCUGGUUCUCAGCUGUUUUUACUGUAGCAGUGAAGUCAGUAAACCUAGCCCAGACCCUGCCAAAGUGUACUUUCCUCAAGUGUUUGGUCCAUCCCUUAUUCUGUACCAUCUGAAAUUAAACCAGCUAAUUUGAAAAAAAAAAAACAACAACAGGGGGGCUGG